AUGACUGAUCCUUCAGAAACACAGCUUCUUAAAGAGCAAAAUGAUUACUGCGAUAAGGUAAAAGCAAUAUAUGAUGAUUGGGAAAAGGACUUAACUGAAAACGAACAGCUUUGUGCUGAAUUAGAAAAAAGAAUUUUUAAUCUUAAGUCUUUACAAGGAAAUGAAGAAGAAUAUCAUGAGAAAGUUGCAAAGUUAUAUGAAAAUCUUAAGCUCAAAGUUGAACAAAAAGAAAAAGAAGUUCGACAAUUUCUAGAUCCUUCUCAGAACUCGCUGUUACUGCUAGUUAAAUUGGAAAAUAAGCAAAAUGAAUUACAAAAACAAUCUGUUAAUUAA